AUGUAUUUGGUGUCGCUGGCUCUUGAAUAUGGGGCUCCGGUCUUUCUGAUCACCUCUCCUUUAACCUCGUAUGCCGACCAGAUUCUCAGCAUCCAUCGCAAUCGGAGUUCGGCCGGGUUUUCCCUGGACAUUCCCCUGAUCAUGCUGGUCGCGUCGGUCUUGAAGGUUUUCUAUUGGUUUGGCGAUUAUUAUUCGACGGCUUUGCUGGUGCAGGCGGUCAUCAUGAUCGGCGUCCAGAUGGUUAUGCUGAAGGUUGCGCUGGACAAUCGGCCGUCUGCGGGCGCAAGAGAUGGCGUCGAGCAUGUGCCUUUCAGCAAUGUCGACUCUGGCGCCGGGUUUUCGAGACCGUACGAAUUCUGGCAAUGGAAAAGCGCGAAGCCAUACUGGAUGUUUUUGGCCUACUUCAUUGCUGGACUCUCAUUCAUCCAAUUGUUCUUGUCCCCCAUCGCUCAAUCGGAGUUCUACAUCAACACCCUUGGCUAUACCGGGUUGGCCGUGGAGGCUACCCUUCCGUUGCCGCAGAUCAUCGCGAACCACCGAACCCGCUCGUGCAAGGGAUUCCGUGUGUCUGUGCUUGCUGCGUGGAUUCUCGGAGACCUGAUGAAACUCAGCUACUUCUUCUUCAGCGUGGAGGUGAUUCCGUGGGCAUUCCGCAUCUGCGCGAUGUUCCAAUGCGUUUGCGACCUGUAUCUCGGGCUGCAGUUUUGGAUGUAUACCCGGCCUUCCUUUGCGACGCCCAGCAGCUCAGUAGAGCUUGGAGAAAAGGACCUCCGAAUGACCUAA